AUGAGCCGGAAAAUCAUCAGGAAGUCUCCCCUCCUGGAGAAGUUCCACCAGUUUCUGGUCAGCGAAACCGAAUCCAUCAUCUAUCCGUGGAAAAUCCGAGGAGGGAAAUCUACACCUUUCGUCUCAUUUUUCCUGGCCUUUGUGUUCUGCCUGUACAAUGGCUUCCUGCAGAUCAGAUACCUGAGCCAUUAUGCUGAAUAUCCCGCAGACUGGGUUAAACACCCGUGCUUCAUCACUGGUGGGAUGUUUGAAUAUGUGUCCGGGGCCAACUUCCUGGGCGAGAUAACGGAGUGGGUGGGCUUUGCUCUGGCCGGUCACUCUGUCCACAGCUCGGCUUUUGCCAUAUUUACCAGCGUGAUUGGCCCGGACCAAUCAGAUCACGAGCGGUCCGAUGACAGAUAUCUUGAGCCAAUCAGCGCCUGUUUGUUAUUCAACGCAUAUGGGAGUGACGUCACCUCGUAA